AUGGAAUGCCUGCGAGAAAAGUUCGUUGGCGGCGUCCUCCUGGAUGGCCGAUUCCAAACCAUUUCGCCUCUCAACCAUGGCUCUUUCGGUAUGGUCUUCAUGGCGCAGGAUCUCUUGACGAACCAGCCUGUGGCCAUCAAGUGCCUCACCAAGAAGUCGGCGCCUGGUGAAGCCGGUCUCGACUUCGCCGUCGAUGACAAGUCGGAAGAAUACGCCCUUCACAGCAGCCUCGGCAGUCAUCCCAACAUUGUGAAUCUCAUCCAUUCUUUCGAGACAGAAGCCCAUGUCUAUUUGGUCAUGGAGUUCUGCUCGCAGGGCGACUUGUAUGAGGCUAUUCGGAACGGCCAUGGACCUCUUCAGACCGAGCACGUCCGCCAAUUCAUGCUCGAACUAGUCGACGCGGUUGACUACAUUCACUCGAAGGGUGUCUACCAUCGCGACAUCAAGCCGGAGAACAUCUUCCUCACGCAGGACGGCGCUAUGAAACUGGGCGACUUCGGCCUGGCCACGACUGACAAGUGGUCCUAUGAGAUGACUGUUGGCAGCGAUCGCUACAUGGCCCCUGAGCAAUUCGACUCCGCCGGCGCUGGCUACUCGCCCGCAGCGGCUGACAUUUGGGCCAUUGGGAUCUGCCUGCUCAACAUUCUGUUUUCAAGGAACCCGUUCACCACUCCCACCGAGGCCGACCCUCUGUUUCUUGAUUUCUCCCGCGAUAAGCAGAGUCUGUUCGACGUCUUCCCGGACAUGUCCCAGGAUACCUACGAGGUCAUCGUCCAAUGCAUGAAUCUGGAUCCCAAGAGGCGAUCCCUGGUCGGCGCACGAGACGCGCUUGUGCGUGUUGUCAGUUUCACGACCGAGGACGAAUCGCUUGAUGACUUCUGCGGCGCCGAGAAGGCUACGGUGGCGUCUGCCAACCGUGAGCCCCUCCGCACGCCAUCCAUCCAGAGCCCUCAUGUCGACUCUGGAGCUUUCCCUUGGGCCAAGGCUCUGCACGCCAGCCCUCAUCAGGCCCGUCAACUCAGCGCCAUCCCCGACGACGAAAGCUACACCGAGGACCUUUUUUCAAAGUCUGGAGAAACUGCGGACUGGUGCUCGGCUAGCAUUCAGACUCCGUCCUCGUCCAUGCUUGACUCUCAGCUUGGUCUCUCACUCAAUUCCCUUGCCAUUGGAAAUUCUUCCCGGUUCCCAAAAGUCUCGCCCACAGCUGGAUCACUUCCCAUCAGCGUGGCGAAACCAAUCACUUUGUCCAUGUCGACGGUGUUCGGUCGUCGCAAGGAUGCUGUGUCGAAGAGUUGGAGUGACAUGUGGGAGGAAGAUGAAGAGGAGGAACACGAACGGGAGAUGCAGGCUCGCCAGGCACUGAACGGAAGAACUUGGAGUCACGAGAGCGGCGGUACUGAGAAGAAGGAAGAAGACAAGCGAGAGGGCGAUGCCACACCUCACACUAUCAAAGGCGAUGUCGACGAUGACCUUGUCGCAGAUGGUUUCUUCUUCCACGACUCAGAAGCCGUCAAGAAAGCCUCCCCUCCCACUCCACGUUACUCGCCACCGUCGAAGCGAUUCAACUUCGACAAGUGGGCAGCGCUCGGCGAGCGUCGCAGGGGCCAGAGCUUCAAGACCCAUCCGGAGAAGUCGCCGGUUUUGAAGUCUGGCCGUCAAAUUGGUUUUGGAUAUAAGUCUUAUGAAGCGGGCGUUUUGGAUCAUUCUUAUCACAACAUCAACAACACAAACAAAUCUUGGGGCAGAGAACGUGUCAAGGAAUGCCCAUGGAACAAGGGGAGAGAUUGGAACUGGCGCCGAGACCGGCGAUCCGAUCUCGGGGACAUUGAGUGGGUUGGUGGGUGGUAG